UGGUCGGUAGCAAAGUUUUCGGAAAAGAAUGUGCAAAUCUUAGGCGGGGCAAGGAUGAUGGAAUCCUGUAUAAAAGGAUUAUUUUUGUCUGUUACAUUCAGUGGAAUAACUCCAGUCUUAAAACAUCAUGAACUCAAUCGCUGCCGUAGUUUUCUUUGCCGUCGUUGCCGCCGCUAGCGCUGGCAUAGUAGCUCCCAGUGGUUUGAUUGCUACUUCUUAUGCUGCCCCAGCACUUACAGCCUACUCUGCACCACUUACCUACAACGCACCUAUAGCUUACAACGCACCUCUUGCUGUCCCAGCCUACACUGCCUAUUCUGCCCCAAUUGGUGCAUAUGGACAUGCAGCUGAAAGCACUGUAGUUGCUGGACCAUCUGGUACAAUCACCAAGAGCGUUUCCACCCCAGCUAUUGCUGCAGGAUACGGCCUUCCCAGUUCUUACUCCUACAGUGGACUUUACUUGUAAUCUGAAUGAAUGAAAUAAAAGUGUUUUAAUUUAA